AAUCGAACUCCAAAGAUGUGGGGCGAGACAUUCGACGAUUUCGAGAAUGACGAAGGAGAGAUGGCAAUGGCCAAGCAGAACCUGAUCGCCGAGCCGGCUCGAGCUGAUUUCACUUUCGCGAAGCUUCCGUUGGGAAUCCAGCCCGUCGAUUUCAUGAAGACUCACUUCGCCGAGACCGCCGGAAAAUCCAUGCAAUUCCGCAAAGGAACCACCACAUUGGCGUUCGUCUACGAGCCAGCAACUCCAGCUGACAAGGGAGGAAUCAUUGUGGCUGUCGAUUCACGAGCCUCCAGUGGUGAAUACAUCUCAUCCAAGUCGGUCAUGAAGAUCUUGGACAUCGGAGAUCGUAUGGUUGCCACGAUGGCUGGAGGAGCUGCUGACUGUCAGUUCUGGACCCGAAUUGUCGCCAAGUACUGCACUUUGUACGAGCUCCGCGAGAAGACCUCAAUCACCGUGAGCGCCGCGAGCAAGUACUUUGCAAAUACGCUCUAUGGAUACAGAGGACAAGGAUUGUCAGUUGGAUCGAUGGUGGCCGGAUACGAUAAGAAGGGACCACAAAUCUUCAAAGUCGACUCGGAAGGAGAUCGUUGCCAGCUUAAAGUGUGCUCAGUUGGCUCAGGAUCUCUGAAUGCCUACGGUAUCCUCGAUAAUCACUACAAGCCAAAGAUGACGGACGACGAGGCCAGAAAGCUCGGCCUGCGUGCGAUCAUGCACGCCACUUAUCGGGAUUCUGGAUCCGGAGGCGUCUGCAAUUUGUGCCACAUCACGCCAACCGAAAAGAUUCGUCUUCCACCAAUGGACGUGAGCAAGCUGUGGUACGAGUUUGCCGAUGAGCUCGGCAGAGAUAUCACCUACAACCCAGUCGAGUGAUUCAAUUUCCCUACGCUGAAAUUAAUUUUAUUCUUCUUACAUGUAUUUGAUGUCUGAUCCGAUCCCGAUUUUUUUUACAUACACACCCGUCUUUAAAAUGUCAUUUAUUUCUAUUUUUCGUUUCCAAUUAAUUUAUUCUUCUUUUGCUAAAUACUCUCUGUACAUUAAGUUCUAAAGUUUUCAAGUUCG